UACCACGUCAGCAAGUGCAUCAGCUCCAGGCUCAAUAUCAACCCCCGGCUGUGCCCCAACAACGGGGAACCGCUCAACUAAUAUAGCGCCAGAUGGCUCUCCGCCACCUCCUCUCCGCCGUCCUCCUCCUCUCCGCCACCCUCGCCACCGUCGAGGAUGAUAACGUGAUCCGGCCAGUGACCGACCGGUUCGGCUUCAAGCUGGAGAAUGUUGGCGUCAAAAUCCUUGAUUCAGUUAACAACACGUUGGGGUCUGAGGAGGAGCUAAAACAUGCAGUUGGACUGGUUCGUCCAGUUAGUGUUGCAUUCGAGUUUGUCACUGGUUUCCGGUUCCACAUGAAUGGAGAUUACACGAGAGACACUUGGGGGAAGCCUCCAAUGGAUGUGAACCAUGCAGUUCUUGCUGUCGGCUAUGGAGCUGAAAAUGGUAUUGCCUACUGGCUCAACAACACAUGGGGUGGAGACUGGGGUGAUAAUGGCUACUUCAAGAUGGAUUUUGGCAAGAACAUAUGAGGCGUUGCGAGUUGUUCGUCUUAGACCGCUGUUGAUGUGUAGAAUCUUCUAUAAAUUAAAACGAUGAGCUUAGAGUUUUGUUAUCUUUAGCAAUGUUUGAGGGUUUGUUUGAAAGAAAACUCAUAAUAAGUAGAAGGUGAGGGAAUGUGUUAAGAUGCAUUAAGGUAGUAUUGUGAAAUAUGUGAACUUUCUGUUUUGGUUGUGAUAUUGGAAAAUUCUCUUUGUUGUUUGUUUUAUUA